ACAGCAUGGUGCAACUCCCACCUCCGGAAGGCAGGGACGCAGAUCGAGAACAUUGAGGAGGACUUCCGUGAUGGCCUGAAGCUCAUGCUGCUGCUGGAGGUCAUCUCAGGUGAGCGCUUGGCCAAGCCCGAGAGGGGCAAGAUGCGGGUGCACAAGAUCUCCAAUGUCAACAAGGCCCUGGACUUCAUCGCCAGCAAGGGCGUCAAGCUGGUGUCCAUUGGAGCCGAAGAGAUCGUGGACGGGAACGUGAAGAUGACCCUGGGCAUGAUCUGGACCAUCAUCCUGCGCUUUGCCAUCCAGGACAUCUCCGUGGAAGAGACUUCGGCCAAGGAAGGGCUGCUCUUGUGGUGUCAGAGAAAGACAGCCCCAUACAAAAAUGUCAACAUCCAGAACUUCCACAUAAGUUGGAAAGAUGGUCUCGGAUUCUGUGCCUUGAUCCACCGACACCGGCCGGAGCUGAUUGACUAUGGGAAGCUGAGGAAGGACGAUCCCCUCACAAACCUGAACACGGCCUUUGACGUGGCAGAGAAAUACCUGGACAUUCCCAAGAUGCUGGACGCCGAAGACAUCGUGGGGACCGCCCGGCCGGACGAGAAAGCCAUCAUGACUUACGUGUCUAGCUUCUACCAUGCCUUCUCUGGAGCCCAGAAGGCGGAGACAGCAGCCAACCGCAUCUGCAAGGUGCUGGCGGUCAACCAGGAGAAUGAGCAGCUGAUGGAAGACUACGAGAAGCUGGCCAGCGAUCUACUGGAGUGGAUCCGCCGCACCAUCCCGUGGCUGGAGAACCGUGUGGCAGAGAACACCAUGCACGCCAUGCAGCAGAAGCUGGAGGACUUCCGCGACUACCGGCGCCUGCACAAGCCGCCCAAGGUGCAGGAGAAGUGCCAGCUAGAGAUCAACUUCAACACGCUCCAGACCAAGCUGCGCCUUAGCAACCGGCCGGCCUUCAUGCCCUCGGAGGGCCGGAUGGUCUCGGACAUUAACAAUGCCUGGGGCUGCCUGGAGCAGGCAGAGAAGGGCUACGAGGAGUGGCUGCUGAAUGAGAUCCGGAGGCUGGAGCGGCUUGACCACCUGGCGGAGAAGUUCCGGCAGAAGGCCUCUAUCCACGAGGCCUGGACGGAUGGCAAAGAGGCCAUGCUGCGGCAGAAGGACUAUGAGACGGCCACCUUGUCAGAGAUCAAGGCCCUGCUCAAGAAGCAUGAGGCCUUCGAGAGUGACCUGGCCGCGCACCAGGACCGCGUGGAGCAGAUCGCUGCCAUCGCGCAAGAGCUCAAUGAGCUGGACUACUAUGACUCACCCAGUGUCAAUGCCCGUUGCCAAAAGAUCUGUGACCAGUGGGACAAUCUGGGGGCCCUGACUCAGAAGCGAAGGGAGGCCUUGGAGCGGACAGAGAAGCUGCUGGAGACCAUCGACCAGCUGUACUUGGAGUACGCCAAGCGGGCUGCGCCCUUCAAUAACUGGAUGGAGGGGGCCAUGGAGGACCUACAGGACACUUUCAUUGUGCACACCAUUGAGGAGAUCCAGGGCCUGAGCACAGCCCAUGAGCAGUUCAAGGCCACACUCCCCGAUGCGGACAAGGAGCGCCUGGCCAUCCUGGGCAUCCACAACGAGGUGUCUAAGAUCGUCCAGACCUACCACGUCAACAUGGCGGGCUCCAACCCCUAUACGAUCAUCACGCCUCAGGAGAUCAAUGGCAAAUGGGACCACGUACGUCAGCUAGUGCCUCGGAGGGACCAGGCGCUGACGGAAGAGCACGCCCGCCAACAGCACAAUGAGCGGCUGCGCAAGCAAUUCGGGGCCCAGGCCAAUGUCAUUGGGCCCUGGAUCCAGACCAAGAUGGAGGAGAUCGGGCGGAUUUCCAUUGAGAUGCACGGGACGCUGGAGGACCAGCUGAGCCACUUGCGGCAGUACGAAAAGAGCAUUGUCAACUACAAGCCCAAGAUCGACCAGCUGGAGGGCGACCAUCAGCUCAUCCAGGAGGCACUCAUCUUCGACAACAAGCAUACCAACUACACCAUGGAGCACAUCCGUGUGGGCUGGGAGCAGCUGCUCACCACCAUCGCCAGGACCAUCAACGAGGUGGAGAACCAGAUCCUGACCCGCGACGCCAAAGGCAUCAGUCAGGAGCAGAUGAACGAGUUCCGGGCCUCUUUCAACCACUUUGACCGGGAUCACUCCGGCACACUGGGUCCCGAGGAGUUCAAAGCCUGCCUCAUCAGCUUGGGUUAUGAUAUUGGCAACGACCCCCAGGGAGAGGCAGAAUUUGCCCGCAUCAUGAGCAUCGUGGACCCCAACCGCCUGGGGGUGGUGACAUUCCAGGCCUUCAUUGACUUCAUGUCCCGUGAGACAGCUGACACAGACACGGCAGACCAGGUCAUGGCCUCCUUCAAGAUUCUGGCUGGGGACAAGAACUACAUCACCGUGGAAGAGCUGCGCCGGGAGCUGCCGCCUGACCAGGCCGAGUAUUGCAUCGCGCGGAUGGCGCCCUACACCGGCCCUGAUGCCGUGCCUGGGGCCCUGGACUACAUGUCCUUCUCCACGGCGCUGUAUGGCGAGAGUGACCUCUAGCCCUCCUUCUGGCCACCCUCGCCCGCGCUGGCCCUCCCCGCCACGGGGGCUCCAAGCCGGGCCACGUGGCGUCCAGCUUCCCAACCCGCCAAAUGACAGUUUACAAAAUUAUUUUCUGCAAAAAAGAAAAAAAAAAGUUAUGUUUAAAAAGUUAAAAACCAAAAAAAACAAACAAAAAAACCUACAUAUUUUAUUAUAGAAAAAGUAUUUUUUUCUCCACCAGACUUAAAUGGAAAAGAGGAAGAAUUAACUAUUUGCACCGAGAUGUCUUGUUGUGAUGUAGGAAAAUAACCAAGCACAAAGUUCCACUCCAGCCUUUUUACUGAUUUUUUUUUCCUUCUGUCCGUUCCAUCUGCUGUAUUCAUUUCUCCAAUCUCAUGUCCGCCUUGGUGUGGGAGUUGGGUAGGGGGUUCUUUGUCAAAAGGCACAUGGGUGCAUGUGUUUGCUAGCUCACUUGUCCAUGAGAAUAUUUUAUGAUAUUAAAGAAACUCUUUUGAAA